GGAGGAGUCAGGAGGAGCAAACUGGGCUAUAAAGACUCGCGGCUCCACGGCUAAACCGUCACACCUUCGCCGAAGAGCUCGACUACACACCAGGACACCUCCACUACAAUACCUGCUAAAGGAAUCAUGGCAAAGCGCGUUGCAGUCAUUCUGUCAGGCUGUGGAGUGUAUGAUGGCACAGAGAUCCACGAGGCCUCGGCCGUCCUCGUCCACCUGAGUCGCGCUGGAGCAAAAGUGCAGAUGUUUGCUCCAAACACAGAUCAGAUGCAUGUUGUGAACCACUGCGAGGGCAAACCUAUGGAGCAGAAGAGAAACAUCCUGCAGGAAAGCGCCCGCAUCGCCAGGGGUAACGUGGCUGAUCUGGACAAGCUGGAUGUGUCAGCCUUUGAUGCUGUCAUCAUCCCAGGGGGCUUCGGUGUGGCCAAGAACCUGAGUGACUGGGCCGUGAAGAAUAAGGACUGCACCAUCCAGCCACAGCUGGAGAAGGUCAUCAAGGAUUUCCACAAAGCUGGAAAGCCUCUGGGCAUGUGCUGCAUCUCCCCCGUCCUGGCUGCCAAAAUCCUGCCUGGCUGUGAGGUCACCGUGGGGCAGGACAAAGAGUGUGAUCAGUGGCCGUAUGCCCAGACGGCAGGCGUCAUGAAGGAGAUGGGCUGCAAGCAUGUGAACAAAGAAGUGGGUGAAGCUCACGUUGAUGUCAAACACAAGCUGGUCACCACCUGUGCCUUCAUGUGCAACGCUCCCUUUCAUGAAGUGUUCGAUGGAGUAGGUGUCAUGGUUACAGAGACUCUGAAACUGGCCUAAUAAGGCUUCAAAUUGUGUAUUUAUCUACUCUCAUGUUUUGUGUAAACUUUGUAUUCAAUAUCAGUUUGUCUAAUGUCUGAACAUACAGCCUAUGUGAUGUUCUGUUAUUGGUGAGUGUUCUUCAGACCCUCAAUAAAAGCUACUCAACAAACAA